CACGCGAUCUUAUUCCUAUUAGGAGCGUCGAUAUAUCAACAGAGUCGCUAUUCGCAUUCCUGAGACUAUAGACAUCUAAAUUGGCUAUCUAGAUAGUUGGGAAGUGAUUAGAUUUUGUUUGCAUGCGUGGCGAUUGGUUCUUUUUGUUUUACAAUCAAUUAGCGAUCGGCUUCUUUGUAAAACCCAUCCUCGUAUUAUUAUGUAGUUUUCAAGGAGCCAAUGUUGUUUGUAUGGUUAGUAAAUUUAUAAGCUGUGUAGGACUUUGUUCUUCUAGGGUCUCAUGGUGGAAGGGUGAAAUUUCCCACCGGAAGAAGGCAGACAAGCAAGCAGGAAGAUCAGUCUCAAUCCGUCUCAGCUCGAGUCCCCACGGAGUCUCCACGCUUUACCCGCCCGCCAGGAUAUUCGCGCAGUCCCUGCCAAGUGCUAAUGUUGACUGGAUGAGUUGGCUCAACUUUGACUCUUGGACUUCAUGGAAGAUCCAGAGUUUUCAGGAUUGAUGAUGCCAUUCAGAGGGGCACACGGGAGGGGAGAUUGCCCGAUCGGGGAGAGGAUCAUCCCAAGCUGGAACCAAAGAUGGAUCAUGGAAUGGCUGGACCCUGACGCUAAGCGCUGCAACCUGCCAUGUCUUUUUUUACGGUUCCUUUCAGGGUUAUUGACUGACCGUAUCACUCUGACUGUGUGUG